UUAGAUAUUUUAAGUGGCGGAGAGUGAGUGGUGGACAAAUCUUAUUUUGAUUCUGACUUUGGUUACGUUAAUAGAGUCACGGACAUAUAUGCUUUUGAUAUAUUAUUAAUUCUUAUAAUGAUAAAGAUGCAAAUAAUGGCGUGACAUUGAAUAGACGGAUUAAUUCCUUGCCACCUCUGAGAAGUGAAAACCAAGGCAAGAUGGUCUCACAUACAGUUGAACUUCUGAAGAGUGAGAUUCCUCUGGAACAGGAGUCAGUGGUUUUAACUGAAGACACUCUAAAUGGUCUUGUUCUUGUUGAUAUCAUAAAUGGCUUCUGCACAGUUGGUGCUGGAAAUCUGGCACCAAGGGAGUCCAAUAGACAGAUUUCAGAAAUGAUCAAUGAAUCAGAAAAGCUAGCUAGACAAUUCUGUGAGAAGAAAUUACCAAUUAUGGCUUUCCUUGAUUCUCACCAACCUAACAAGCCAGAGGACCCUUAUCCUCCUCACUGUAUUGUUGGGACUGAUGAAUCAAAUCUAGUUCCAGCAUUGAGAUGGCUAGAGAAUGAAACCAAUGUGACAAUAAGACGUAAGGAUUGUUUUGAUGGAUAUAUUGGCUCAAUAGAAGAAGAUGGUUCAAAUGUUUUUGUAGAUUGGGUGAAGAAGAAUAAAAUCAAAACUUUGGUGGUGGUAGGUGUAUGCACAGAUAUAUGUGUUCUGGAUUUUGUAUCCACUACAAUGUCAGCUAAAAGCCGUGGUUUUCUCAAGCCUCUAGAAAAUGUUGUGGUCUAUUCACAUGCCUGUGCUACCUUCGAUGUCCCUUUUGAGGUAGCCACAAAUAUCAAGGGAGCUUUAGCCCAUCCUCAGGAGUUUAUGCAUCAUGUGGGUCUGUAUAUGGCCAAAGAACGGGGAGCCAAGAUAGCAAAAGAAGUGUUGUUUGGUGCAGCAGAGAAAGCAUAAACCUAAACCUUUUGUGUGUUGUGUGACCCUUCCAAUAAAACACUCUAAGAUAGCUUAUUAAGGUUUGGUUGAUCUAAAUAAGUAGCAAAUGGUGUUGUAGGUGACAUAUAAUCAUCAUAUGUAAAAUAUAAGCAGUAAAAUCAAUAAAACUAAUGCUAUGGUGUAUGCUUUGAAUGGGUCCGUAGGAAAUAAAUAUAUGGAAUUUGUGACAAA